AUGGCUGAAGAAGAUGCUGAGAAAGCCUUUUUCCAGGCUCAGGCUAUGAAUGCGGAAUCUGUGGACUAUAAAGCUGUUGAAGAGCAUGGUGCAGAUAGUUCAGAUUCAGAUGAUUAUGAUCCUUCAAAAACACUCCAAGACCAAUAUUCUUCCUCCUUGACAGAUCUCAAGCAAAGUGAAAAUGUUUCUUCCAGUGCCUCUCCUGAGCCAAACCCUACUGAGCAAAAUUCUGUUCGACCAGAUGAUGAUCCUAGUCAACCGGAUGGUACAUCCUGUCCUUCUCAGACACCCUCACGAGAUGAGUCUCGGGCUUCCACUACGGUACCAACGUCCGGUACAUCUGUGCAGCCGAAGACCAGGACAAUCGGAGGAUUUGUGGUUGAGGAUGAAGACGAGGACGAUGCAGGUGAUGCUGAUUAUGAGCCCCCUGCUGUACUUGGUGUUGAGGACAUGAAUACUGUUGCUACGAAUGUGCCUCAGCAGUCCGUCUCAGGAAAUGAAAAUGAAGCUUCUUCUACCCCUGAUGUAUCCCCGGAUGAUGCUGCGCAACAGUCCGCCAGCCUGAACAAUGUUUCCCAUAGCUCUUACUCUCCUGCUCCUGCUGUUGCCCCUAAAAGUGAUGUGGCUGUUGCCGCUGGACAGGGUUUGUACAACUCACAUGCUUUACAGUCCGGAAAUGGGCAAGACAGCGCGGCGGCUACUCCUACGCCGGAUUCUCCUUCGACCUCGAAAGGUCGCUUGCCUCACGAUCGAGUCGGCAUCUUGGAAGACCGAAUUCAAGAGGAUCCUCGUGGCGACAUACCUGCCUGGCUCGAAUUGAUCAAUGAACACAGAAGCCGCAAUAGAAUUGACAGCGCGCGUGAUGUUUUUGAACGAUUUUUGAAGGUUUUCCCCUUUGCUGCCGAACAAUGGGUGGCGUAUGCGAAGAUGGAAUCCGAACUCAACGAUCUUUAUCGGCUUGAGCAAAUCUUCAAUCGAACCCUUCUAACCAUUCCGGAUGUCCAGCUGUGGUCGGUAUACCUGGAUUACGUCCGCAGGCGCAAUCCCUUGUCGACGGACACAACUGGACAAGCGAGGAGGAUUAUCUCAUCUGCUUAUGAGUUGGCGUUUCAGCACGUCGGCGUAGACAAGGAUUCGGGUUCAAUCUGGUCUGAUUACGUUCAGUUCAUUAAGUCGGGGCCAGGCAAUGUCGGUGGGUCUGGUUGGCAAGACCAGCAGAAGAUGGACCUGUUACGGAAGGCAUAUCAGAAAGCCAUUUGCGUUCCAACUCAAGCUGUCAAUACUCUCUGGAAAGAGUAUGACCAGUUCGAGAUGGGUCUGAAUAAACUUACAGGUCGUAAAUUCCUUCAAGAGCAGUCACCAGCGUAUAUGACCGCUCGAAGCUCAUAUACGGAGCUGCAAAAUAUCACAAGGGAUUUAAUCCGCACAACGUUGCCUAGAUUGCCCCCUGUGCCGGGUUCUGAUGGUGAUAUUGAAUUCACUCAACAGGUUGAUAUCUGGAAGCGUUGGAUCAAGUGGGAAAAGGGAGAUCCACUUGUGUUGAAAGAAGAGGAUCCUACUGCUUUCAAGGGCCGCGUUGUUUAUGUCUACAAACAAGCUCUCAUGGCCCUGAGGUUUUUGCCAGAAAUGUGGUUUGAUGCGGCCGAGUUCUGUUUUCUGAAUGAUCUGGAAAGUGAAGGAAAUGAGUUCCUCAAGCAGGGCAUGGAAGCUAACCCUGAAAGUUGUCUUCUUGCCUUCAAGCGUGCGGACCGACUGGAAAUUACAUCGGAGUCUGAGCAAGAUCCCAUCAAGCGAGGUGCGAAGGUUCGGGAACCCUACGAUAAAUUACUUGAUGCUUUGUACGAUUUGAUUGCGAAAGCACGUACGAGAGAAGCUCAAGACGUCGCACGCCUUGAAGAGACUUUUGCAAAGAUGAACGCCGACAAUCCACCUGCCAAAACUGAUGACGACGAUGACGAUCAAAGUGAGUCAAAAGCAAGAGAAUCAGUCAAAAAUGCGCAGAUCGAUGCUGUUCGCAAAGCACACGCCAUACAAAUCGGCAUUCUUUCUAAGACAAUCUCUUUCGCCUGGAUUGCCCUCAUGCGUGCCAUGCGCCGUAUCCAGGGCAAAGGAAAACCAGGUGAGACGCCUGGCUCCCGACAAGUGUUCGCCGAUGCGCGCAAGAGAGGUCGCAUUACUAGCGACGUCUACAUUGCCAGCGCCCUCAUCGAGUACCACUGCUAUAAGGACCCUGCGGCCACAAAGAUCUUUGAGCGUGGUGCUAAGCUCUUCCCGGACGAUGAGAAUUUUGCACUCGAAUACUUGAAGCAUUUGAUUGAUAUCAACGACGUUAUCAAUGCGAGAGCAGUGUUCGAGAUGACGGUCAGGAAGUUGGCGUCUAACCCUGAGAACGUUCAUAAGACCAAGCCAAUAUUCGCGUUUCUUCAUGAGUACGAGUCCAGAUACGGCGAUCUGGUUCAGGUGAUCAACCUCGAAAAUCGGAUGCGUGAAUUGUUUCCUGAAGAUCCUACAUUGGAACAAUUUGCUCACCGUUAUUCGGCUCCUACUUUCGACCCGACCGCUGUUCGGCCGAUUAUAUCGCCGUCUCAGAUGCGGCCAAAGGCAGCCUUCCCUACAACUGAGCAACCGAUGUCCCGCCAUGGUACCCCCACGCCGAGAUACCCAGGCUCUGUCACAGACUCUCCUAAACGACCACUGGAGGACUUUGACGACGACUACAACCGGCCCCGCAAGUUUGUGAGGGCUGAAUCACCUUUAAAGACCACUCAGCGGCGACAACUGGAUCAACAGAAGCGAUCACAACUCAGCAAUGUCCAGGCUGGGUCGCAAUUCAGAUCUCAAGGCUCACCAGCUCCAUUACCUCGCGAUAUUGUUCAUCUCCUGAGCAUCAUCCCUCCAGCCUCCGCAUACACGGCCGGUAGAUUCUCCCCUGAGAAAUUGGUCGAUCUCAUUCGUAGAAUCGAGAUGCCGAGCUCCAUUUCCCAAAUUCCUCUUCCGCAGUCAGCUCGGGGCCUCGGGACUACACAAACACCAAUGCAGCCGUUUUCUGCAUUGAUCUUCCAGGGAUGUACCGGUAGUAGUCGUCUUCUCGAUUGUUCCCCCUUCAAGAUAGAAGAGCCUUGGAGACAGCCUCUGAUUUCGAACCUCGCCUUGAGUGAAAUUUUUGCGCCCAAAGCUACCAUAUCCACAGAUUUCUCUCGAACUGUUUGA